UUUUAAAAGUUCUGUUUUUUGUUUUGUAAUAUGUGAUAGUUUAAGUGAAAUGUGAAUACACGAACUGUAAUAAACAAUUAAAUAAAACAGAUAAACUUUUUAAUUAAACUCUUAAAAUUUAAAAAUAAAACAAUGCAGCAUCAACAAACUCCACCUGCACCGCCUAGACAAAUAAAGCCAAAUAAACGUUUAAUUAUAUCACCUGAGCAAUUACGAUAUAGAUUACGUAAUGACGGUGGUAUUCCUGGAAUGCAACAAUCACAACCGCAAGCAACACCAGAUAUCAUGCAACAAAAUGAUUUAACAACACAUUUAAAUAAUACAAACAAUAACAAUAAUAAGGUAACAACAACGUUGCCUUCAUUAAUAACAGACAAUAAUGAUGAUAGUAUGAAUAAAGUAUUAGAACAUUUACAACGUAAAUGUUCAACAACAGAUCCAAAUAAUUUAUUAACACAACAAUUAGUUACAAAUAAUAACAGUGGUACUGGUGCAACAAAUACUACUAAGAAUUUUUAUCCAACAUGUGUUUCAAAUAUUAUACAUAAUAAUAAUCCAAUAUUGACUACAACACAACCACAAACGCAAAUUCUAACAAACGCAGCCUUAUCAGCAAACAAUAAUACAAAUCAAUUAAAAUCAACAACGACCAGCAGUACAAGUAGCCAACGUGUACAACGACAUCAUCAAAUUGUAUCAUCAAGUAGUACAUCAUCAAGUUCAUCAUCAUCAUCAUCAUCAAGUGCCUUAGCAUCCGAAUUAAAACAAUCAUCAAUGAAAUCUGAUAUUGCUGAAUUAAAAUCAAGUAUAUCAGAAAUGAAAAGUUUAAGUGAAAUGUCUGCCUCAUUAAAAAAUCAUCAAACUAAAACAUCAUUAUUACAUCAACAAUUACGUAACUCAUUAGAGAAUUUAAUGGAUACCGAUACAGAUCCGAUUGUUGAUAAUAACGGUACAUCAUCGGAACCAGUUAUUACAUUCCCUGAUACACCAAGCACAGCAAACACAUUAGAUUCAUGUGAUAAUGUUCCGAAUUAUAAUGAUAAUCAUUUUAAUAAUUAUUUAUCAUCUGUACCGAAUCAUGCGAAUAAUGUACAUGCGAAUAAUGGACAAAUUAAUACAACAACUACAGCUGAUACGUUGAAAUUUGAACAGAAACGUACACAUACUGCAUCCAAAACAAAGGUUGUUGUAAGUGAUGGCUUUAGUGCUGAGAAAGCAACAGCGAAUACAGCUGAAAUGAAAUCGUUACAAACUAAUGAUAUUAAUUUUCAACAAAAUAAGGCGUCAGCCGCAAUUCAUGCAAAAGUGAAUAUUGAUGGGUGUUUAACUGCAGAGAAAAAUGUACAAAAAACUAAGGAGCAACGUUCAUUAAAGACAAGUGAAAUGACACAACAAGAUAUGCAUGCAACAGCUCGUAGUGCAGCUAGUGUACGUUUAACUGGUACAAACGGUAGUAUAUUAACAAAUGGUUGUGGUAAUCAACAAAUACAUGGUAAUGAUGGUAUAAAUAUUAUCGAUAAUGAGAACGAUAGUUUUAUCACUGCUGAAAAGAAAGCGACAACAUCACAUUCACAGCAACAACGACAAACUGUUACCGCAUCAAGUGUUUAUAAUCAUGAGAAAUUAGUUGCAGCAUCAACACAACAAUCGAACAUAACAAUUACGACUAAACAACAAACAACUGGUGUACAUCAUCAUCAAACAUCAUCUUCAUCAUCAUUAAUGACUGAACAACAAAAACAAAUGAUGAGUACCAGCAGUAGUACACAUUGUAGUCAAACUCAACAAUACGAUGAAAUGUUACGCAUAAAUUUUGACGAUUUAGACCAUCUAUGUUCAAGUUCCAACACACAAGACGUAGAACGUGCAAUACAUAAGUAUUCAACAUGUUUAAAUACAUUCUUCAAAUUAUUACAAAAACAAAGUGAAAAUCAAAAGCAGCUACAACUAACAGGAUCAGUUGGAGGAAAUUCAACAGCUAAUAGUUUAAUGACAAAAAAUAAUUUAUUAGUACCUUCUUCAGAAUUAAUAUUAAAUAAAAUUAAUGAUAUUAUACGUAAAGCAUGGUCUGUUCCAAAGCAUGGUCAUGAAUUAGGGUUAUCAUUAUGUAACGCACUACGUACUUGUGGAGGUUUAGAUUUGUUAAUGGCAAAUUGUGUUGUGGAUGAUAAAAAUUUACAAUAUUCAUCGGCACAAUUAUUAGAACAAUGUUUAACAACUGAAAAUCGAGCACAUGUCGUUGAAAAUGGUUUAGAUAAAGUUGUGGGUGUUGCAUGUUUUUGUAUUACAUCAAAUGAAAUCGAUAAAUCACGUAUCGGUACUGGAAUAUUGGAACAUUUAUUUAAACAUAGCGAAGCCACUUGUAGUGACGUAAUACAACUUGGUGGUUUGGAUAAAGUAUUAUUUGAGUGUCGUAAAAAUGACGUUGAAACAUUACGACAUUGUGCGGGUGCGUUAGCAAAUCUAUCAUUAUACGGUGGUGCUGACAAUCAAGAGAAAAUGAUUAAAAGAAAAGUCCCAAUGUGGUUGUUCCCACUAGCCUUCCACAAUGAUGAUAAUAUUAAAUAUUACGCAUGUUUAGCAAUUGCAGUAUUAGUCGCAAAUAAAGAAAUUGAAGCAGCUGUUUUAAAAUCGGGCACAUUAGAUUUAGUUGAACCAUUUGUAACAUCACACAAUCCAUUCGAUUUUGCUAAAUCAAAUUCAGCACAUGCACAUGGUCAAAGUAAAAAUUGGUUAAAACGCUUGUUGCCGGUAUUAAGUUCGGAACGUGAGGAAGCUAGAAAUUUGGCAGCAUUCCAUUUUUGUAUGGAAGCUGGUAUUAAAAAACAACAAGGAAAUACGGAAAUAUUCCAAGAGAUUGCCGCUAUUGAACCCUUAAAGAAAGUGGCAUCGUGUCCGAAUGCUGUUGCAUCGAAGUUUGCAGCACAAGCAUUACAAUUGAUGGGUGAAGAAGUACCACAUAAAUUAAGUCAACAAGUACCAUUAUGGUCGAUAGAUGAUGUGCGUGAAUGGGUUAAGCAAAUUGGUUUUAAUGAUUAUGCUGGUAAUUUCGUUGAGAGUCGUGUUGAUGGUGAUUUACUUUUACAAUUAAGUGAAGAAAAUUUACGUUGUGAUAUAGGUUUAGUUAAUGGUAUACAAAGACAAAGAUUUACUAGAGAAUUACAAAAUUUAAAAAAGAUGGCUGAUUAUAGUUCACGAGAUGUUGGUAAUUUAAAUGGUUUCCUUCAAUCAAUUGGUCCAGAAUUUAGUAUAUACACAUAUUCAAUGUUAAAUGCUGGCGUUGAUAAAGAUUCAAUACGUAAAAUCAGUGAAGAUCAAUUAGUACAUGAAUGUGGUAUUACAAAUUCAAUUCAUCGAUUACGUAUAUUAGAAGCAAUACGUAACACAGAGAAUAAUUCAACAUCACCAUACUUUUUUAAUGAAUAUUUAUCACAACAUGAUAAUGAUAAAUCAUUGGAUGUGUUUGUUAGUUAUCGUCGUUCGAAUGGUUCACAACUUGCAUCAUUGUUAAAAGUUCAUUUACAAUUACGUGGUUUUAGUGUAUUUAUUGAUGUUGAACGUUUAGAGGCUGGUAAAUUUGAUAAUAAUUUAUUACAAAGUAUUAAACAAGCAAAACAUUUUUUGUUAGUAUUAACACCAACAGCAUUAGAACGAUGUAUUGAUGAUCAUGAUUGCAAGGAUUGGGUUCAUCGUGAAAUUGUAGCUGCAUUAAAUUCACAAUGUAAUAUUAUACCAAUAUUUGAUAAUUUCCAAUGGCCUAAACCAGAAGAACUGCCAGAAGAUAUGCGUGCUGUAUGCCAUUUUAAUGGUGUCACUUGGAUACAUGAUUAUCAAGAUGCAUGUAUUGAAAAAUUAGAACGAUUUUUACGUGGUGAUAUGCGUGCAGAUGGCAGUAGCUCAUUAAUGAAUAAUAGAACUGGUGCAUCCGGUGCAAGUGGAUCAUCUAAAACAUCGGUCACAUCAACUGGUGGUGGAAGCGGUGGAUCAAACGAUAAUGUUACACCUGGUACACCAUCAAUUCAACAACGACAACCACCAAACUAUCAACGCAUGCAUAGUAAUGAUAGUGGUAGUGGUAAAGACGUUAAUGGAAAUUCAGGUGGUGGAGGUGGUAAAGAUUGACUAGAUGGCAGCAAAAAUGGUAAUUAUCAUCAUCAUCAUGUACCAGGUGCGACCAAACUGCCUAGGUUGUAUAAAGGACAAAGUCCAUCUAGACAAUGGUUAAUGGGUAAACCACCCGUAUAUCCACCAAUAAAUAAAAAUACAAAACAACAACAAUUUCGUAAAUUAAAUCAACAAACCAGUGUAGAUGAUAAUAUUAUAAACAAUAGUAACAAACCACAAGAAUCCUUUGUUGAUAUUACCGAA